AUGCUGUUCGUCGCUCUACGCAAGAGGUCCCCCGCUCCUAUUAUCGCCGCCCCCCCCGUCGCCGCUCCUACUUCUGUCGCUACUCCCGCUCCCGCCGCCGCGCCGCCUACCGCUAUCGCCCCGCCGCCCGCCGCCCUAUCCGCCACUACCGAGUUCUAG